UUUUGUUCGUUCACGUUCCGCCGUGAGAGGGCGUGAGCCGAGGAAGAGGAAGGGAGGACAUUGCGUACUACGCGAUUUGUUUACAUUUUACAACCAAUUUCCCGUCAGCUUACUCGUUGGGAAUUUGAGAUCACUUUAGAGUACCGAGCAACUUGCGUGCUACUUUCUCCAUUCUUGCUACUAUUUUCCUCCAUUUGUUCACAACAUGAACAUGGUCUGGAGGGGUUUGCAACAUUUUAGACGACCUCAGCAGCUCUUACUUGCUCCCUCCAAGUUGGAGCACAUUCGUCCUGAGUCUACACAGCCUGUCCCUGCAGCUCGGUUGCCGUACAGGGUGCAACUGUGCGCUGGAAAACGCUAUGCCUGGUGUGCAUGUGGGCACAGCAAGAAACAGCCUUACUGUGAUGGCGCUCACAAGACCAAAGCACCAAACAUUUCUCCACUCCGCUUCACCUCUGACAAAGACAAGACUGUCCUGCUGUGUGCAUGCAAGCAAACAACAAAUGCUCCUUAUUGUGAUGGCUCUCAUUUCAAAGUCAUCUACAAUGAUGUAGUGAAGUCAGUCAAGAGACUGUUUAACUGACCAAUUCUUAUGUGUACAACAAUUACUGUAUUACGUUGUAAUUAUACCACAUACCUCAAUUUCU